AUGUGCUUUUCCGAUCGGUCCCAAUCACCAACAUUACAGCCAAAGCCAGUGCAGCCGAAACCCGUCGAGAAGCCGCAAGUACGGAGGCAGCGAACUCGGACGGACCCUCUAGAGCCUCCGCCAGAGGACCGGACCCGCGCCAGGCAAAGAGAUAACUUCCCAAACGUUCAUCACGUUCGCCUGCGCAGCAGCGUCGAAGAGCUCGUGAGCAACGCACCCUACCCAACCGAUCAAGCUCGCCGGAAGAACAACAAGAGGAGACCCAAAAGAUACAAUGACCAGGAAAGGCUUUUUCGGAAAGGAAGCUUCUAUGAGUAUCCGACAAUGGAAUACCCCUACAAGACGCAGAACAGUAGGGGCCAGGCUUACAAGAUUGUCAAUGGCAAAAGAAUCGACGCGGAUCCUUCAUUUACUCGAACUAUCACUGAUCGACACAAGAAUGUGCAGGGUGUCAUCUAUCAUCCAGAGGGUAGGAAAAGCGACUUUGUAAGAGCGCAGCAAAUCUACAAUUCUCGGACCUACGGGCCGCCUGUUUGA